AUGGCGUUACAAUUGAAAAAGAAUCGCACAUCAAUAAAGCUCACAGUUGCCUCUAGUGCUUUCGUGAUCGGGGCCACAUAUCUCGUCUUCAGAACAUUCCCUCAUUUAAGGACAUCGAUUUAUGAUUAUGUGACUGGGAAGAAGCCAGAGUUCGAAGACGAUAAUGAGCCUAUUGAGUUGAGAGAAUCUGAUCAAGCACUGUCAGAAGGUUCUUUUAGUGAUAGUAGCGUAGUGGAUAUCACUCAAUGGUCCGACGAUAAUUUAAAAAGUUGGUUAAGCGAAGUAAGUAUAUUUUGUGGAUUUUUAUCUACUAGCAUGCAUCACUUGACAAUCUUGGUCUAA